GAGCAGAGUGUGGAGGGCCCCCCACCUCUCACUCUGUCCCAGGAGGUUAAAGAGGCAACCCCUGAAAACACCACCACCACCGAUGAACUAGACACGCCCACUUCCACCACCUCGGUGAUGACCUCGACCAAUGAGAGCUCCACAGAGGCCGACACUCCACAGCAGACCGACUCUGAGGAGUCCAAGGUUGUGGAGCAGGAAAGUGGGAAAGCUCGGAGUGAGACAAAAGAAUCCUCAGAGGUGCUGCAGAAGAACCCCGAUACAUCAGGCUCGCCUGAUCUGAUGGCAGCUCAGGAGGUUCAAGAUAGCUCCUCCACUGAACAACUGAUUCCUAAAGCAACCAACAAUGAGCCCUUUGAAUCUGUCACCCCGACCACAGCUACCACCACUACAACCCCACAACCUCAUCUGGUGUCGCAGCCUGGAGAACCUCACCCUGUGAACCCCAACAGCCAGAGCAGAGUCUAUUCUCUCCCUGAUACCUAUAGAGGUAACAGCAGUGACAUCUGCGCAGGAUAUGGGAGCCUUUCUCGCUUCAGCCUCCACGGCUACCUGCCCACCAAGAACUUCCAGCCUGGAGCCCACUACACCUUACCAUUCUUCAGGGACAGCUACGCCCCUGCAGGCCUCAGCAGCCAGAUAAACGAGGACAAUAAAAAUCCUCUGGACACGAAGGCCGAACACCCAGCUGCCAGUUACUCAACACUCGGGGGAAUCCACCAGUUCAGACCAAUUACUACCAUGGAGCUCCUCAGGGAGCCUUCCAGAACCAGAAGUGGCUAUGAUGACGCUUUCAUGGCCCAGCUGGAGGGGAACCUGAAUCCUUUCUUCCAGGCCAUGUGUCGAGCUCAAACCCUGCAGAUUCCUCACAAACGCAGCAGCAUGGUGAGCCUGGACAGCAUCCGAAGGGACCCCCGCUGGAGAGACCCCAACCUGCACGAGGUGAUUGCCAUGCUAAGGCACCCAAUGGACCCCGUCAAGUCCAACGCUGCUGCCUACUUGCAGCACCUGUGCUACGAGAACGACCUCAUCAAACAGGAGGUCCGCCAGCUGAAUGGCGUACCCAUCUUGGUGGAACUCUUAGACCAUCCCAAGGCUGAAGUCCAUCGCAAGGCCUGUGGCGCUUUGCGUAACAUAUCGUACGGAAAAGAUCACAACAACAAAAUGGCCAUCAAGAGCUGUGAUGGUAUUCAGGCUUUGGUAAGACUGCUGAGGAAGUCCAGCAGCGUGGAGGUGAAAGAGUUAGCCACAGGCACUCUCUGGAACCUCUCAUCACACGAGCCUCUCAAGAUGACAAUCAUCAACCAGGGACUUCAAACCCUAACUGAUGAAAUCAUCAUCCCACACUCAGGCUGGAGGAGGAGAGACUCAGCCGACCCCUCCAAACCACAAAGUGCUGAGUGGACCACAGUCUUUAAGAACACUUCAGGGUGCCUGAGGAACGUCAGCUCAGAUGGAGCAGAGGCUCGGCAGAGACUGAGGGAGUGUGAGGGGUUGGUGGCGGCUCUCCUUCACGCCCUGCAGUCUGCAGUCGUCAACAAGGACACUAACAAUAAGUCGGUGGAGAACUGUGUGUGCAUCCUCCGAAACCUGUCAUAUCACGUCCACAAAGAAAUACCAGGGGCUGAGCGGCUCCAGGAGCCCCACGCUGGUCAUCUGAUGAGAUCCGUGGGGCAUCAGAAGAAAAGUGAGGCUGAGUGUUGUACAGGAAAAAGACCCAAAGAAGAGUGGUUCAGUCAAGGUUUGGAGCUGCUGUACCAACCAGAGGUGGUGAGGCUUUACCUGUCUCUUCUCACCUGCAGUCACAACCACAACACCCUGGAGGCAGCUGCAGGAGCACUGCAGAACCUCGCUGCAGGACACUGGGCUUGGUCCAGCUACAUACGGGUGACAGUGAGAAAAGAGAAAGGGCUGCCGAUUUUAGUGGAGCUCCUACGCUCGGAUGUGGACAAAGUUGUGCGAGCGGUGGCCAUCGCUCUUCGCAACCUGGCUAUUGACAGAAGAAAUAAAGACCUAAUUGGGAACUACGCUCUGAGGGAACUUGUUGCUAAUCUGCCUUGUGGACAGCAGCAUCCCGUGAAGAAUCUCGAGGGAGACACCGUGGUGUCCAUCCUGAACACGAUCUAUGAGAUCAUCACCGAUAACCCCGAGAACGCUCGAAUACUCAUCCAGGGUCACGCUGUGCAGAAACUGGUGGCCAUCAAUAAGUCAAGGUGCAAAUUUUCUUAA